UUCUUUCGCAAAAUCAAUUUCCCCCGUUUUCACUUCUCUCAUCUCCAAGCCUCUCAACGAAGGAUAGAGGAUGCCCUGAUCUUUUUCAUGGAGACCAAAGAAUUUACUGGUGUUGCACCGAAGAAGGCAAUUGUUACGCCUAAAACUAUAAUACACCAAAAAUUUGGCACUAAGGCUUGCUACACUGUAGAGGAAGUUAAGGAGUCUGAUGAAAAUGAUUGUCCGGGAUUAAGUAUACCACAGAAAAGACCCUGCGUUUAUCGUUGCUCCUUGCAACUUCCAGAACUUCUUGUGGUGUCAGGGAUCUUUAAGAAAAAGAAGGAUGCAGAGCAAUCUGCAGCAGAGUUGGCCAUACAGAAGCUUGGCAUCCGUGUUGAUACCGAUGACCCCACUCCAGAAGAAGCAUGGGACAGCAUUGUUGCUCGAAUUAACUAUUUGUUUUCAGAAAAUUUUCUUUCAUCUCUCCACCCGCUCAGUGGUCACAUUGGAGCAAUUUUACAGAGGAAAGGUGAUCUUUGUGGAUCACUUCCUGUUUCUGUCCUUGCUGUCUAUGAUGCAAAGCUUGGUAGCUUGUGUAAAUAUAUUGAUCCUGAGGUGGAGUCAAAUCCAUUUUUGGUUAUGUCAUACAUAAUCAAGGCCACUACAAAGUUAUCUGGAUUUAUUGCUACUGCUGAACAACAUCCCUGGAUUAGAAAGCAAAGUCCAUAUCCUGAAGAUACUGUAGAUUCAUUAUUGAAACAAGACGGUUUGCAAGAACCCAUUCAGGUUGCUGCUGUACGCAUUCCUAGUUCAGAGGAAAAAUAUGUUGAAGCAGUGACUCUUCAUAUUUCCUCAAAAGAGUACUAUCUUAAUAUAAUUGCAAAUGAACUUGGUCUUGAAGAUGCCUCCAAUGUUUUGAUUUCAAGGAAUUUGGGUAAAGCUUCUUCCGAGACAAGGCUGUUCUUUGCUGCUCCAAAAUCUUAUAUACUGGAUCCAUCUUCUAAAUUGCCAAAUGGAAAAGACGGCCUUCGUCUUGAUGGACCUUCAAAUUUAAGGGCAAGUUACUUGUCUGGUCAUGAUAUAGCUGGUGAUGCAAUAUUAGCAUCUAUUGGAUAUACGUGGAAAUGUAGAGAUCUUUUCUAUGAAGAUGUAGCAGUUCAGUCAUAUUACAGGAUGCUUAUAGGGAAGACCCCAGGUGGGAUUUAUAAACUAUCCAGAGAGGCUUUGCUCGCAUCAGAGUUACCUUCAAGGUUCACCACAAGGGUAAAUUGGAGGGUUUCGUUUCCCAGGGAUAUACUUUGUAAUUUUUGCCGUCAGCACCGUCUAUCUGAACCUCUAUUCUCCAUUAUAAGCCCUGCUUCAAAAGAACCAACUGAAUCGUGUGGAUCAAAUUUGAAAGUUGCAGACCUGGGCAGAGAUGUGAUUGGAUGUGUCAAUGGGGCCCCUACAACUUCAAGACCAAUGCAAUCAGAUACAGAGAUGUUUCAGUGUGAAGUAAAAUUACUUUCUAGGUGUGAGAAUUUGAUAAUUAAGUGUUUCCCAAAGGAUUGUUUUAAAAAGCAGAAUGAUGCCAUUCAGAAUGCUUCAUUGAAACUUCUAGUGUGGCUGAACAAUAAUUUUAAUAAUACAAUUGUUCCAUUUGAACCACUUUAUGAGACUGCUGACAUCUUCGGCAUCCAGAUUUUUUCUGAGAACUUUUUCAGAGAGAUUUCACACUAUCAUUCAAUUCAAAAUUGUCAGCAGCUUAAUCAAUCACUGGGUAUAAAUUCAUCAUGUACCACGCCAGUAAAAGGAGUGUGCUUGUUAAAGAUUGAAGGUCCAGACUCUGGUGUCUGUCCAUGCAAUGGAUCUUUAUCUUGUAUAAGUUACUCAGUUUCUUUGGUUGUGGAGGGUGAGAAUAUUAAAAAAGUUAUUGAAGUCACAAACAACUUUGAGUUUGAGGUGGGAGUUGGUGCUGUAAUUUCCUAUGUGGAGGAGGUUGUGAUGCAGAUGUCUGUUGGUCAGUCUGCUUACUUCACUACAAGCAUAUUCACUUCUGAUUUGAUUUUUGCUUCAGCAAGUGAUUCAGUCGAAAUGCAGUCCUUGUUAUCUUCUAAAGGCUGCUGCUUAGAAUAUGAAAUAAAUUUGACCAAGGUAGCAGAGCCUUUGGAGGAAAGGAUGGAACAGGCUCUUUUUAACCCUUCACUUUCAAAGCAACGGGUGGAAUUUGCAGUUCGACACAUUAUAGAAUCCCAUGCUACUACUUUGAUUGAUUUUGGAUGUGGAUCUGGAAGCUUGUUGGAAGCAUUGUUGAAGUAUCAAACUUCUUUGGAGAAAAUUGUCGGUGUUGAUAUUUCACCGAAGGGUCUGACCCGUGCUGCAAAGGUACUUCAUUCGAAGUUGGUCACAAACUCAGACAGUGGUGUGCAGUUGACUAGUAUCAAAUCAUUAAUUCUCUAUGAAGGUUCAAUUACAAAAUUUGGUUCCAGGUUGCAAGGAUUUGAUAUUGGCACUUGUUUGGAGGUGAUAGAGCAUAUGGAUGAAGAUGAAGCAUGCCUAUUCGGGGAUGUGGCAUUGAGUUAUUUUUGUCCAAGGAUUCUCAUUGUUUCUACGCCAAAUUAUGAGUACAAUGUGGUGCUCCAGAGAUCCAAUCUGGCAGCCCAAGAGCAAUAUGAGGAAUCGGGUGAGAAAACCCUGUUACAAUCAUGUAAAUUUCGCAACCAUGACCACAAAUUUGAGUGGACCAGAGAACAGUUCGGAAAAUGGGCAUCCGGCUUGGCUGCACAGCACAAUUACAAUGUGGAGAUCAGUGGAGUUGGUGGUUCUGCUGAUAUUGAACCUGGUUUUGCUUCCCAAAUUGCAGUCUUUAAAAGGGAAUGGAGUCUUGAAGAUGGCUUCAAGGAUGCUGAUAUGGAUCACCAGUAUAAUAAAAUAUGGGAAUGGGUAUGCAAUAGGAAGAACGAAUAAUUGUUUAGACUGAAUUGUACAGUUCUUUUAGGUACUCAAGAAUCCUUUUUUAGUGAAGUAGAGAAACAACAGAAUGAUUUUUGGAGAAGGGCAGGGCGAUUAAGAGCUUUAAAGAAGGGCAGAUUUUAUUGGAUCAUUUUUACAA